AUGCCAUUAUACAGCGAUUCUCAGUCUAGUUUACCUAGAGGUUUUGUAAAAUUGGGUUGGUCAUAAUAUGAUAAUUAAAGUCCAUCUGAACAUCAUUUGCAUUAACAAAGAUUAGAGAGAAAAUUUAUAGGGAAGCUCAACCAUGGCUCAUGCUAUAAGUAAUGCUCAAUCUGGUAUGUUUAUAUCAUCAAUAAUGAAGAUUUGACCUCAUAAAGUUAAUAAUACAGUAGCAGUAUUUACAUUACCCAAAUCAUAAUUGGAAGUAUUCUUAUAUGUUUUGAUUUUAUUAAGUAGAAUUGCAUUUUAUUUACUCACUAUAUAUGA